AUAUCUGACCAAUAGGAUUACAGUAUUGAAGAGAGGACGCGCGAGUCCUAAACACCGUUGACAAGUGCGACGGGUCUCUUUGGCAAAAUCACACAAAAAUGGAACACUUAAACGCACUGGCUUCCAUUUGCGAGUCAGCGGAAAGAAUGCCCAUCAUUUCAAAGCCAUAUACAUCAGGGACUCCACUGGUAGGAGGCUCCUUUGGUCCACAGUACCCUACAGCUACAGCAAACUCUAACUAUCUCCAAAGACAAUACUAUGCACCUAGCCUAUCUCUAGUAUGUGCCACUCCAACACAGUACAAUCCUUCCAUGACAAUUCAAAGUAGUAGUCACCAGACACCAGUUUCAAGCAAUGGAGAGCAAACUUCCAGCCUUAGUGAUCAAACAGAGAAGAUGCAGACAGGAGCUACUCCUAACGUACACUCUUCUUUCGGGAAUAUCCCAACUGAUAUUCAUUGCUCAAGCCGUCCUAUUAAUCCAGUCAUGAGAAACAUAAUCAGCUAUGCAAGCUACCUCCAGUACUUGGAUGAGACCUGGCCUGAGAAAUGCUCAAGGAGAGGAAGUGCAGUAAUCCGUGCUUCACUCUAUGCUCAGAUUGCAGACUGCUUGAAAGGGGGAGCUUCUACGGCUCGCUUUAGGUACUGGGUUCGUAAAUCAGGAUUCUUUCUACUUGAGAAACAGCAAAAUAAUGGAGUCUAUGACACAUGCAUUGCUGUACCAUUGCAUACCAAGCAACAAAACUGCAGCAGUGGCAGUAACAAAAAAGCACUGACAGUCAAACAGUAUCGCCUGGUUGCUAAAUUGGAGGAUUUUCUUCCUCUGAUUGGGGAGUAUCACAAUGAUGUGAUUGGACACUACGGCAUCAGAAAAACAUAUCAAAUGAUCCAACAAGACUACACCUACUUGCCAAGAUCCGCCAUUGCAAAGUUUGUACAACUAUGCGAUGUUUGCUCUGUGAGAGGAAAAAGAGUGAGACAUGAAGAAACCUGCUGCAUAACAGAGGCUCAAAUAAUGCUAGCAGAUAGAGAAGGAAGUGAGGAAAAAGAAGAAGACGAUUGCUGUACAACCCACAGAGCUUCAAAAUCAAUCCAUAUCCUUCCAUCAGCUCCUUCUCCUGAAGGAGAGAUUGAAAUAACAACCGAAGCUUCAAUCUCUGGCUCCUCGUCACUUCAAAUUGAAUCAAACCCACAAAUCCCACCAUCAGCUCCAUUGGAAGAUAUAGAAAGAGUGAAAGCUACUACACAAAAGAGAAAGGAGGCUAGAGCAGAAGGUGGAGUAAUGGAAUCUCUACCACUCUCACAGAGUGAGCCUAAUCAGAUACAGCAUUCGGUGCCUUCAUGCAACAGCACAAUGUCAGAGCCAGGGGUAGGAGGAGAGAGGAGAGAAGGAGCAAGAGGAGAUGAAGGAGGAAGGGACCCAUCCAGUGACCUGUAUCAUCAGAUUCAUGAAUCAGUUAGACACUUGCUGGAAGGACUGACGUGGGAAGAAAUGAUCCAAUUGUACACCGAGACAACAGAUAAUGCAAUCAUUGCAUCACCAAAUACGUUAGAGUCCGUAUUGAGAUUACAGUAGCUGACAUAAAGUAGAACAGUAUCAACAAUAGAACAAUAAUAAUAAUGCUCUCUAAAUGGGCUGAUUAUUAUUGUAUACUUAAUUUUUAGC